ACCGGUCCGCUUCUACUUCCGGUGUGGUGGAUGUAAACAUCAGGACCUCUCAAGACAGCUGUGGACAUCAUGACCAAACUGGAGCUGCUCAACGUGUUUCUAAACGACAGGCUGACGGCGGCCGCGGAGGACAUCUUCCGCGCCGUCAGGGAAACGGUGGCGGAGUACCAGAGCGAGAUCCUCCGCUCCAAGGAGGAGAACGAGCGACUCAAGCGGCUCCUAAACGUCGCCGUCCAGCGGCUCCUGCUGCCGUCAGAACCUCCCUCUGUGCAGCCUCCAGAAGACGCUCAGCUCUGUGAAUCUGAAUGGAGAAGCAGACUGGAGCCGUCGCAAGUUAAAGAGGAGCCCGAUCUGAGAACCGCUCAAACUAAAGGUUUACAGGAAGCCAGAGACUCUGAGGAGGGAAACUGCAGUCAUGUUGACCAGCAGAGGCUACAUCGCCACAGCGUGUCCUCACCAGCACCGACAUCCACAGAGAUAAAAACAGAGAAUGAACAGCCAGCUCUCAGCUUACCGUCUCCUGUGGUAGUUCGUUCAGACUCCAGAGCUGUGCAGAGUGACUCCCGUGUCCCUGCAAAGAGUCACAGGCCUCAGAAAACGGAUCUACUUCGCUCAAAUGGAAAACAAAGCACACACAUUCAGAUGAAAAAUAUCAGAUCCCAGAAACUAUCUCUGUCUCGCUCCUCUCACCAACCCCAAAGCAUCCAGAGGUGGCACAGCUGUAAAGAAUGCGGCAAGGGCUUCAGCUUCGCCUGCCAGCUGGAGGUCCACAUGCGCUGGCACACCAAAGAGAAACCGUACAGCUGCGCCGUGUGCAGGAAGAGCUUCACCACCGUCAGCAUGCUGAAGCGGCACCACCGCAUCCACACAGGAGAGAAACCCUUCCGCUGCCAUGUCUGCGGGAAAUGCUUCAACCAGUCGGCACACCUCAACACCCACUUCAGACUCCACACCAGAGUCCGAACGUCCCAGUGCAAGUGAACGCCUCACAGCAUCAUCUGUACCCAGGAGUCCAAGCUCCAACAGUGGUGGAGGUGGACGGUGUGUUGUUGUUGUGAAAUAAAUGGUGGAAUAUGCUGA